AUGCACCCGCAGCCAGACCCUGCACCCAGCCGGGCUCCCGGCACCCGCCCUGGGCCGAGGCUCUGCGCCCACAGCGAGACCCUGCAGCCGCCCCGAGUCACUCUGUGCACCCACGCUGGGGUCCCCGCACCCACACCAGAGCCCCGCACCCUCUGCCAGGAUGCUGCGCCCACCCCGGGGCUCAAUAAAGCUGCUUCUCCCGCUUCCCAGGCAUUUAUUUCCCCGGGGAAGAGCCGAGGGAGGCGGAGGGAGGGGGGGGUGACACCGUCCCCUCGGUGUCCUCGAUCCCAGCUCGGAGCGGUCCGGUCCGAGUUGGACGCGUCGCGACGGGCGGGAUUCGAACCCGCGACCCCCGGGCCUGCGAGGGGCAGGGCUCCAGGCCUGGCCACGCCCCCCAGGCCGCGCGCAGCCAAUGGCAGCGCGCCCCGCCCGGCCCUGCCCGGGGGAGCCACGCCCAGCCCGGCCCGGCCCAGGCGCGACGGAGCGGCCGAGAGGAGCCGAGCGGGGCCGAAGGGAGCCGAACCGGGGCCGAGCGGGGCCGAACCGCGACCCAGCGGGGCCGAACCGGGACCCAGCGGGGCCGAAGGGAGCCGAACCGGGGCCGAGCGGGGCCGAAGGGAGCCGAACCGGGGCCGAGCGGGGCCGAACCGGGCUGAGCGGGGCCGAAGGGAGCCGAACCGGGGCCGAACGGGGCCGAACCGGGACCGAGCGGGGCCGAAGGGAGCCGAACCGGGGCUGAGCGGGGCCGAACCGGGACCCAGCGGGGCCGAACGGUGCCGAACCGGGACCGAGCAGAGCCGAACGGGGCCGAACCGGAACCCAGCGGAGAGGAGCGGAGCCGAACCGGGACCGAGCGAAGGCGAACGAGGCAGAGCGGGGGACGGAGCGGCGCCGAAGCGAGGCCGAGCGGAGCCGGACGGGACCGAAGCCGCUCGGAGCAGUUCGGCGCCGCUCGGGCUCGGUUCGGCCCGGCCCGGAGCGGGUCCCGGGCCGGUGCCGGCGAUGCGGCCGCUCCCGGUGCCGCUGCUGCUGCUGCUGCUGAGCCCGGUGCCGGGGCGGGGCGGGGGGUGCCCCCCGUGUCCCCGCGGUGUCCCCGAGCCCUGCGACCGCACGCCGAGCCCCGCGGAGGAGGAGCCGGAGGAGCCGUGCCCGCCCUGCCCGCCCUGCAGCCGCGGGGCCGCGGCGCCGCUCCCUGAGGGGACCCCGGGGGCGCCCCCCGAGCCCCCCGGGGACAUCAUCCCCCUGUACUGCGCCCUCCUGGCCGGGCUCGUCGUGGGGCUCGUCGCCUACGUGGCCUUCAAGUGCUGGCACACCUGCCGGAGGAAGCGGCAGCUGGACAAGGCGCGGGACGCGGCGGACGCGGAGAAGCCGCGGGGGGACGGCGGCGGCGGCGGCGGCAGCGCGGACAGCGCCGGACCGGAGCCGCCUCAGCCCCCGCCCCCCGAGGGUCCCGCCCUGCUCGCGGUGUCCCCGCGGCGCCCGGAGGAGCCGGGGGAGCUGGAGCGGCUCCUGGAGCUGGGAGCGCCCGGCAGCGACCGGCGCGGCCCCGGUGGCCCCGCGGUGGCACCGGGGGACGUCACCUCCGCCGUGUGACACCCCCGGGGACACCGGGGCCGCGCCGGUGGCUGCCCCCGGCGGGGCUCCGGCUUCCCGAUGGAUUCCUGGGGAGUUUUUUUUUACGUGGGUUUUGUACUUUUUUAGGGAUUCUGGGGGGGGUGGGACGGGGACCUUUGGUGGCUGGCGCCGGCUGGGGGCAUUAAAGGU